AUGGAGCAGCUCUUGAAACUCCCUCGAACAACAGUCACGGCAUUUCAUGAAUGCUAUGGCAGCCCUCUAAAACCACCAACGGAUGCAGUGUGGCGCAUUGGAAACGUCCACUGGACUGGCGUACGCCUGGCGGAUAUCCUAGCCAUUGCAAAGCCUCGCCCAGAAGCUCAAUACGUGUGGUCUGAAGGACUAGACUACGGAUCGUUUGCUGGCGUGACAGCAGACCGAUAUCAAAAAGAUCUUCCAAUCAAUAAGGCUCUCGGAUCAGAAGUUCUUCUCGCUUUUGAGAUGAAUGGCCACCGACUCAGCAAAGAAAGAGGAGGGCCCGUUCGACUGGUCGUUCCCGGCUGGUUCGGAACAAACAUGACCAAGUGGAUAUGCCGGCUGAGCCUACAAAACAAGAGAGCACCUGGGCCGUACACGACGGUGUUUUAUAACGAGAUUGAUCCAACAGAUCCUGAUGGGAGCCGGAAGAGGCCUGUGUGGAGUGUAGAGGUCAAUUCAAUCAUCACUUCCCCAGCUCCUGACGCGGUUGUCUCUGGGUCUGAGGUGGCGAUCGAAGGCUGGGCUUGGUGCCAUGAGCCUGUAGUGCGUGUUCUAGUCACUUCAUCUCUAGAUAAGCCAUGGACGGAUGCCGUGGUAAAGGCAAGGGAGGGGUUCAGUUGGCAGAGGUGGAGAGCGGUAUUGACGCUGGCGCAGGGUGAACAUGUUCUCGUUGCACGGGCAGUGCCUCAGUCUGGCACUGAGCAGCCGCUACAUGGUCGAAGAAAUCAUGUGCAUCGCGUAAGAAUAUGGGUCAAGCCUGAGGCGGACGCUGAUUGA